AUGGCACCCAGAGUUAUUGUCGUCGGCGGUGGACUGUCCGGCCUGAGUGCUGCGCAUACUAUCUACCUGGCUGGUGGCAACGUGGUUGUGCUCGAUAAGCAAGGCUUCUUCGGCGGAAACUCGACCAAGGCCACCUCCGGAAUCAACGGUGCCCUGACUCGGACACAAGUCGACUCCAAUAUCUCAGACAGCGUCAAGCAAUUCUACGACGAUACCCUCAAGUCCGCCAGAGACAAGGCGAGACCAGACCUGAUCAAGGUCCUCACGUACAAGUCUGCAGCUGCGGUCGAGUGGCUUCAGGAUGUCUUCAACCUCGAUUUGACUCUUGUUUCACGGCUAGGAGGUCAUUCCCAGCCACGAACACACAGAGGCCACGAUGCCAAGUUUCCUGGUAUGGCCAUCACAUACGCUCUGAUGCAAAGACUCGAGGAGCUCGCAGAGAACGAGCCCGAGCGGGUACAGAUCAUCAAGAAGGCCCGCGUGACAGCAGUGAACAAAGAUGGUAAUAAGAUCACCGGUGUCUCUUACGAGUUUGAAGGGGAGCCGUAUACCGUUGAGGGACCGGUCGUCUUGGCCACUGGUGGAUAUGCGGCCGAUUUCACAGAGACAUCGCUGCUCAAGAAAUGGCGCCCAGAUACCUUUGACUUGGCUUCUACCAAUGGCGUACAUGCUACUGGUGAUGGACAGAAGAUGGUCAUGGCCAUUGGCGGUAACGGAAUCGAUAUGGACAAGGUUCAGGUGCAUCCUACUGGUCUGGUCGACCCUAAGGACCCAGGCUCGAAGUGGAAAUUCUUGGCCGCUGAGGCUCUCCGUGGUGAGGGUGGUCUUCUCCUGAACGGAGAUGGCGAUCGUUUCUGCGACGAGCUCGGCCACCGUGAUUACGUUUCCGGCGAGAUGUGGAAGGAGAAGGACAAGGGCAAGUUCCCUGUCCGUCUCCUCCUUAACUCCAAGGCCUCGAACGUUCUCGACUUCCACACGCGCCACUACUCCGGCCGUGGUUUGAUGAAGAAGAUGACGGGUAAGGAGCUUGCUAAGGAGAUUGGCUGCACUGAGGAACACCUCCAGUCCACCUUCACCGCCUACAACGAGAUUGCCGAUGGCAAGAAGAAGGACCCAUAUGGCAAGAAGUUCUUCCACAACGGCCCCGUCGAUAUUAACGACGACUUUCACGUCGCCGUCAUGGAGCCCGUGCUCCAUUUUACCAUGGGUGGUAUCGAGAUCAAUGACAAGGCCGAGAUUCUCAACUCGGAAGGCAAGCCCUUCGAGGGUCUCUACGCUUGCGGUGAGCUGGCUGGAGGUGUGCACGGUGCAAACCGUCUUGGAGGAUCAUCCCUCCUCGGCUGUGUAGUUUAUGGCCGUGUCGCAGGCGAUACCGCUUCCAACUACCUGUUCCGCAACGCCUUGAGCGGCGCUGGUGGAGUCGCUGCCUCCCGUCUGGGCCAGAUCUCCCUGCACAUCGACCCUAAUCAGCCAGGCAAGAUUUCCGUCGAGUGGGACAGCGCUGGCUCCUCUUCCGAUUCUCAGAUCAGCUCGCAAUCACAAACAUCCGCCGCCCCCGUACUCAAGCAAGGGGCCGAUUCUGCGGACCCAGGAAAGGUCAGCAAGCCCAACAAGGCUGCCUUCAAGAUCCCCGAGAAGGAGUUUACGAUGGAGGAAGUUGCCAAGCACAACACGAAGGAGGACCUCUGGGUUGUAGUCAAGGGCGUCGUGAUGGAUGUGAGUGACUGGCUAGAUGAACACCCAGGUGGACCUCAGGCGAUCAUGAACUUUAUGGGUCGAGACGCCACGGAGGAAUUCGAGAUGCUGCAUGACGACGAGGUUAUUAGGAAGUACGCGCCCAGUCAGGUUAUCGGGCGCGUGAAGGGACAGGAGAUUACUUUGGAGGCAUAG